CCCUGGGCGCCCAGCGAAGGCUCACAGCGCGGCGCCGGGGCGGCCCAGCACCGGGAUGGCAGCUCAGAGGCUGGGCAAGCGGGUGCUGAGCAAACUGCAGUCUCCCUCGCGGGCCCGUGGUCCGGGGGGCAGUCCCGGGGGGCUGCAGAAACGACACGCGCGUGUCACCGUCAAGUAUGACCGGCGGGAGCUGCAGCGGCGGCUGGAUGUGGAGAAGUGGAUCGACGGGCGCUUGGAGGAGCUGUACCGCGGCAGGGAGGCAGACAUGCCUGAUGAGGUCAACAUUGAUGAAUUAUUGGAAUUAGAGAGUGAAGAUGAGAGAAGCCGGAAAAUCCAGGGACUCCUGAAGUCGUGCACAAGCCCCACUGAGGACUUCACCCAGGAGCUGCUGGUGAAGCUGCGCGGCCUCCACAAGCAGCCUGGCCUCUGCCAGCCCAGCCCCUCCCACGACGGCAGCCUGAGCCCCCUCCAGGACCGGGCCCGGACUGCACGCCCCUGACCUCCCACUUCUGCAGCCCUUCUACUCUGCCCCCAACGCCACCCAGCUUGUUAAUAAGUUGUAUUUAAUGUUUCUGUAACAA